GUCGGUGGUCAGGAUCAGCAACAAGCCGGACCGGGCAGUGGAGAUCGCUGCCUCCAUUGACAGCGUGCUGGAGGGAAAGCUGGCCCUGGCAAGUUUGCGAUGGUUGGCUAGUGCGCGCUAUGUGCAUACCUUGGACGUGUGUGACGUCAAGGCCUUUGAGCAGUUGAAGGCUCGUGAGCUGAUGGUGAAGCUGGAAGGUGGCUGUAACAGCGUUUUCACCGAUGGUACCUGCGAGCCAGAGGGAGAUGCUGUAAAAUUCCGCUGCUCCGAAGGCGGCAUCCUGUAUCACGUCGACGAGAAGGGCCAGAUCUCGACCCGAGCCUUUGGUGCA